AUGUCGCCAUUCAGAAAGCUUUUCUUUAGACCGCUUCAGACUUGGGAGGAACUACCAAAACAUCCCGCCAUACUUUGGCUAGAUGAGCGUACCUUGCAGAAGAUAUACCAACAUCUUCAUUUAGUCGACCAAGUGUGUUUGUCUCUGAGCUGCAAACAGCUCUUUGCUCUAUUUGGGGAAAUCGCGAAGCACAAGAGCCUUGAAUUUCCACGCCUCCUGUAUAUCAGGCAACCAAUUAUGUGCGUGAACAGUGAGGAUGUGGUGCGAAAUCAGCUCCUUCUUCGACUCGAAAAUCACCGCUGGGCCUACUGUGGGAAGUGUUUGAGACUUCAUCCACGGAAGGAACUUUCAAGACAUGCAUUAAGAGACUCAGCGAUCGAAAGGCCAUGUACAUUCUAUGCUGGUAUAGUUGACUUAUGCCCUUGCAUUUCGUUGACCAUCCGAGCCCGAGAAAAGCUGGUCAAGAUUCUCAAAUCCCCUGCCAAGUCCAAUCAAACCAAAUAUGGCCCGUUUGAGUAUCAACUUGUUGACGGAGAGAAUCCUAGGCUGAGGCACUGCUGUACAUACAAGUGCAGUAUCCAAACUGACUAUGACAUGACGACCGCGCUGGUUUUAUUCAUCGCGAAUACUGGUCAACUAUCUGUACAGGCUGAACAUACUUUAUGUAUGAGCCCCCCGAAAAGUACCUUUCGAUAUGAAGCAUGCUUUGCUUGUCCCCAUGUUAACCUCUUCAAUUUCCUCCGCUCAGAAGUCAGAGAAUAUUCGCUUCCAAGCGCCUAUAAGGAUCUAUUGUCUCUGGCCCCGGGAAAACAGAUCUUAAAGGCCUGUUACAGGUGCUAUACCUUGGUAACAAAACAUGAAAUACCCGGAAACAUGAAUCAGGCUCGCUUCUGGGUGACUAGGGACUUGGGAGGCUGUAAAUGGCCCACGGACCGUGCUUGGUUUGACCAGUGUCGUUUGACAGGAUUCAACUUCUGGAUCAACGAUAUUUACGGAUGGACCUUGCAAUUCGUGUCAUCAGAAAGAAGGAACAUUCAAAUUAUGUGGAAGAAGAAUUAUUACUUGAGACAAAAACGAAGGUUUAUGGAAAAACGACGCCAGUCCGAACCCGUGGACGCAUCCAUCGAUUACAUCAAUGACACAAUCCGGAUAGCUGUUGCCGUCCCUUCUUUCUAG